CGUGCCUUGCCCGCCCCCGGGGAGCGGUGGAGCCGGUCGGGCUGGCCCUGGGCGGGCUGACAGCACCUCGGGGCGCUGCCUCCGUGUGCCUGCGGCGAGGGCGGGGGGCCAGACGAAAGGGGACGGGGCUGUCGCGGUGUGGGCAUGCAGCUGGGGUGGGCACGGGGUGCCCGCAGCUCCCUGCCCGCUGCCCAGGGUGGAAAACGCCUUUGGGAUCGGCUCCCUCGGGAUCUGCUCCCUCCGGAUCCGCUCCUGCUCCUCGCUCAGCGCCUGCAGGGCGACGCCGGCUCGGCCCUGCCAAGGUUUAAUAACCCCAGCCCCGUCCCUGGGAGGAUCAAACGGACGAGCGGGUUUGUGCAGCCGGUCGAGCUCUCUGCUGCCGGCGCGGGACCUGCAGCCCCCGGGAGGGUUCCUGGAGCCCAAAUCAUUGCAGCAAAAUCCUCCCCCCCCGGGAUCAGAGAUGCUCUGGACAGGGCACUGCAGCGAUGAGGGGGACCAGGCUGGGCGCCAGCUCCUCCGGCCACCGCAGAGCACAGACCCUGGCUUUAAUCAUCUCCCAGCCACCUACACGGGCACCUCUGGCUCUUUCAUCUUCCCCCAGUACGGAGCCGGUGCCGCCGGUGCUGCCUGAGCUGCUCGCGGCCGCCCGCGCACUCCUGCAGUGGCCGGAGCAAAGCACUUGAAAGACGGACUGGAAAUACGGACCGGUCCUGCGGGGGCGGCCAGCACCUCUCCGCUCCUCCUGCCUCCAGCAAGCCCCUGGCUCGGGGGUUAUUUCUCUGCUCCGGUUCGGGAUGAAGUUGCCAGCCUGCAGAAAUUCCGGGAGGAAAAAUCCCAGCUCUGUCACAUACAAGGAAACCCCCGGCUUCAGGAACGCCGAGGUGCUGGGGAGCAGGACGCGAGGAUGGACAGACGGACGGACAGACCCUGGGUGCGGAGGAGCGCCGCCGGCACCACCGCCUCCCUUUGCUGAAACUCCACGUUUUAACUGGGAAGGGAUCAAAAAGGGACGUCUCACUUCCACACCUGCGUGGCUUUGGUGAAAAAAAGAAACGAACGGGGCCAGGUCGGCCACGCUCCGGGUUUGUGUCCGCUCCCGGUCCUGCUUUCAUAUGGGACGGGCUGUGCUGGCUGCUGGGGAGCUGCUGGGGUCUGGCGCCUGCCUGGGAUUGUGCUGGCGAAGCUGGAGGUUGCAUGGAGAGGUUUUACAAGCAGGGAAUACAUCUGAAAACAGAAAACAAACAAAACAAAAAAAAAGCAAAAAAGAUGAAAAAAAAAAAAAAACAGACUAAGGUUUAAGAAGCUGCCCCGUCCCCCUGGCAGAGACGCGUACCCCAAAACGGAGUGAUGGCGAGCCGGCACGCGGCCACGAGCCCCGAUCGCCGGCGAUCUCGCCCUGCCCCGGCGCUGGAGCAGGCAGCGGCAGCCGGCGCGGAGGAGGCGGCAGCGAGGGAUGACAACUGGGGCGAGACCACCACGGUGGUGACGGGGACGUCGGAGCACAGCAUCUCGCACGAUGACAUUACGCGCAUCACCAAGGACAUGGAGGACAGCGCCCACCUGGACUGCUCCCGGCACCUGGGCGUCGCGCUGGCCGGGGCGCUGGCGCUGCUCGCCUUCCUCACGCCCCUCGCCUUCAUGCUCCUGCCCCAGCUGCUGUGGCGGGAGGAGCUGGAGCCCUGCGGGACGCCCUGCGAGGGGCUCUUCAUCUCGGUGGCCUUCAAACUCCUCAUCCUCCUGCUGGGCAGCUGGGCGCUCUUCUUCCGCCGCCCCAAGGCUUUCUUCCCGCGCGUCUUCGUCUUCCGGGCGUUGCUCAUGGUGCUCGUCUUCCUCCUCGUCGUCUCCUACUGGCUCUUCUACGGCGUGCGCAUCCUGGACUCGCGGGACCGCAACUACCAGGGCAUCGUGCAGUACGCCGUCUCGCUGGUGGACGCGCUGCUCUUCGUGCACUACCUGGCCGUGGUGCUGCUGGAGCUGCGCCAGCUCCAGCCCCAGUUCACGCUCAAGGCCGUGCGCUCCACCGACGGGGCCAGCCGCUUCUACAACGUCGGGCACCUCAGCAUCCAACGAGCGGCCGUCUGGAUCCUGGAGAACUAUUACCACGAUUUCCCAGUCUACAAUCCUGCCCUCCUCAACCUGCCAAAAUCCGUCCUGUCCAAGAAAAUGUCCGGGUUUAAAGUCUAUUCCCUUGGCGAGGAAAACAGCACGAACAACUCCACGGGGCAGUCCCGGGCCGUCAUCGCCGCGGCUGCCCGCAGGCGCGACAACAGCCAUAACGAGUACUACUACGAGGAGGCAGAGCACGAGCGCAGGGUGCGGAAACGCCGUGCCAGGCUCGUGGUGGCGGUGGAAGAGGCCUUCACCCACAUCAAGCGGCUGCAGGAGGAGGACCAGAAGAACCCGCGGGAGAUCAUGGACCCGCGGGAGGCGGCCCAGGCCAUUUUCGCCUCCAUGGCCCGGGCCAUGCAGAAGUACCUGCGCACCACCAAGCAGCAGCCCUACCACACCAUGGAGAGCAUCCUGCAGCACCUCGAGUUCUGCAUCACCCACGACAUGACGCCCAAGGCGUUCCUGGAGCGGUACCUGAGCGCCGGGCCCACCAUCCAGUACCACAAGGACCGCUGGCUGGCCAAGCAGUGGACGCUGGUCAGCGAGGAGCCGGUGACGAACGGCCUGAAGGACGGGGUGGUCUUCGUGCUGAAGCGCCAGGACUUCAGCCUGGUGGUGAGCACCAAGAAGAUCCCGUUCUUCAAGCUCUCGGAGGAGUUCGUGGACCCCAAGUCGCACAAGUUCGUCAUGAGGCUGCAGUCGGAGACCUCCGUGUGAGCUGACGAGGGGUGGAGAGGGGCCGGGGGGGCCACCCCGCCUCGUCCUCCCCGCCUCUGCCGAGGCUCAGCGAGGCCGCGGCCGGAGGGCAGGACUGCGGCAGGCACCUGGAAGCAGUGCCCACGCCUGGCCCCGCCACCAACCUGUGGCCACCACUCGCCCUCCGGCUCGGGUCCCCAUCGGGCGAGCCGAGCCCCUUCCUCCUCGUCCCCGCGCUCCCCGAAACCCAGGUCCUUGUAGCAAUCCCCCAGGAGGCGCAUCCAGCGCAGGACGGUGUCGCGGCCGGGAAGGCGACGGCGUCCCUCGGUGCCAUAACUCAAGGGCUAACCCUCCGUUGAAUUUCCUUCACCAGCGUCUUUCCAGCGCGGCCGGGUCUGGCGGACCCCCUGCGCUUUCCCGUUUUCUACCUGGCGACUGUCCUGCCUCUGGCCUUAAAACACCGCCCGGCGUCCGGGGCUGGUUUUUAAUAAUCGAGACUUUUGGAGCAUUUUGCAAACACCUCUGCGAUCUGUGGCUGCUAUGAACCCCUCCCCGGCCUCCGGGGAAGGACCCGAAGCGGCGAUGCGGCCGCGGGCAGGUCCUCGCCUCCCCGCCGUUUUCCACACUCAGCUCUUAACAAAAGCAAGAGAAAGUUGGGGUGUUAAGGCAAAAAGCGGCUUUUCAACGGCGGUGCGUGUGCCCCCGAGGAGAUCGGAGUCCCCGCAGCCUACCCUGCCAGCUCCGAGCACGGGGGGGCUUUGCACCGUUCCUGCAGCGUGGCAAGAGCCCGAGUUGUGCUGGCUGCUGGAGCGGGGCAAAAAUCAUCCCAGCCUCGUCCGUGGUGCCGGGCUGGCCGGUGAGGGCGAGGGGUUGCGGGAUUUGGGGGGCACAGCACCCUGUAGUUUGCUGCAGAACGGCCCUAAGCACCCCUCGGGCUCCGGUGCUGGCCUCAAGUGGCUUCUUUGCAAAGGGUCUUGGUUCACCAGGGUCUGAAAUCUGUGCCCUGCGGUGGAGAUGGGGACGUGGCGGCCCCCGGCGGGGCUGAGCGAGGGGACCCCGCAGCGCUCAGACCCGCGCUGCCUGCGCCGUGGGGCACCGAGCGCACGCAGGGUCCCCGUGCCUGCAGAAGCUUUUGCCUUCCCUUGGUUUUGUUAAGGUUGCAAAUACCUCAUGGGUGUUUUUUGUUGUUUUCGUUGUUUUUUUGUUUUUUUAUUUUUUUUUCAUCUGGCUUUUGUGUUGGUUGCGGGGGGCUCACGGGGGUGACCGCAGCAUCCCGAGCUGAGUUUGGGCUCGCUCGGUGGCGAGACCUGCCAAAUUCCCUCGCUGUGACGCCCACGUCCCACCCCAGAGGGCCUGGGGGCUUCCCCAGUAAAUACCAGUAGCAGAGAGAGGCUCCCCAGUGGAUUUCAAGGGCUCUCCCAGCACAAGCUUGUGGGGGGAUGCAGCGGGGGGGGGGGGGGGGGGGCAGGCACCGCCUUUCCGAAUUCCCAGGAAAUCUCCAUUUUUCCGGAGUUUCUGUGUCUUUAUAGCCCCGCCAGGUCCCCGCAGUGCCAGUGUCUGUCCCGCGCCAGCUUCCAGUCCCGUUUACACCAGCACCGCCGCGCCGGAGCCCCCCCCGGGUGCUGGAGCCCCUCGGGGGGCUGGUGCCGCUGGGAGCCCGGUUUGGGGGUGUUUUACUGCAAAAAGACUUCAGUGAGUGAGAGUGGAUGUUGUAGGCGGGGGGGGGGGGGGGGGGCGGAUUUUCCACUUGGAGUUUAAGAAGAAUUCACCUUUUUUGUUCUUUUUUUUUUUUUUUUUUUCCGCAGAGCCGAGCCCUUGUGCAUGCGUGUAGAAAAUUGUAAAAUGUAAAAUUGUUUUUUAAUAUAUAAAAAGCUUGUUUUUACAGUUUGCAGUGGAUCGAAGCAUUAUGGCAGUGUUAGGAAGUUGGUUUUUUGUCUUUUUUUUUUCAUAGAGGAUCUAAUUUUUUUUUUUUUUAAUAAAAUAAACCCGUUGGA